AUGUAUAAAAUCAUAUUCUUAGCUGUUCUGUGUUCAAUAAGUGUAGCUUUAUUUGAGAAUUCUUAUCUCAUAAAAAAUGCCAAUAAAUUACAAGAUUUUAGAGAUAUUUUAGAAUCAGAAUUUGUUUCACUUGUAUAUUUUUAUUCAGAUUAAUGUGAAAAUUGCCAAAGAGCUGCUGGAUUAAUAGAAAAAGUUGCUGAAGAUUAAGAAGGGAUAAUAAAUGUAUAUGGAACAAAUUGUGAUGAAAUAAAUAAAGAUCCUAAAUCAAAGUAUUUAUAUGAAAUAUAAAUUUAGUGAAUAAAUACCAUAUUGUAGUUCUGAUGUGAUAUAACAUUUACCAUAAAUUACAUUCUUUGAACCUCCUCGUUAAUCAAUCAAUCCAUAUACAAAUGAAAAAAUGAUUGCUACAGAACAUAGAUUUUAAGGAGAAGCAUCUCCUCAAAGUUUGGGAUAAUAUGGAUAUAAAUUCAUUCCAAAUCAUGUCAUUAGAAUAAAUACAUUAGAAGAACUCAAAAAAUUUGAAACAUCUGAUUCAAAAUUGAAUAAAGUGAUUCUUUUUACAAAAAGGAAAGAAACCUCUCCUUUACUUAAAGCCAUGAAUAUACAUUAUUUGGAAAGAGUUAAAUUUGGUGAGAUUGUUGCAAGUCCUGAAACAUAAUCUCUAUUAGAUGAAUUUGAUAUCAAAGAUUUACCAUAAUUAGUAGGAUUAGAGAAUAAUGGAGAUAAUACUUAUAAUAGAGAAAUAUUUGAUGGAGAUUUAUUAUUUAAACCAAUAAAGAAAUUUGUUAGAGGAUUGGCUAGUAAAGAUAGAAUUCCAUAUGAAUAAGUUAAUGAAUAAUCAUCAAAGAAAUAGGAAGAGAGAAAAAAUAGAAGAUAAAAAUAAGAUGAUUAAGAAAAAAAUAAUGAAAAAUAAAAUGUGAUUACAGCUAUAAAAUUAGAUCAAAAUAUUUUAAAUAAACAAUUAUUAAGAAAUGAUAAACCAGCAUUUGUACAUGUUUAUAAAGAGACACCUCAUAAAGCAUGGGAGGAUACAAUAAAAAAAUAUAAAACUUUAUUUGAUUAUUAUGAAUUAUAAGUUAAUACAUAAGAAGAUGAAGAAUUAAUUAAAGAGUUACAAAUUAAAAGUUAUCCAAGUAUUAGAUUUUAUUAGGUUGGAAAUACUGCAAAAAAAAGAGCAUCUAAAAUUUCAUUUACAAAAGAAUAUUCAUUAGAUGAAAUAAAUAAAGAUAUUUAAGAAUUAAUUGAUGAUAAAACUAUUAAUAUUAAUGAAUAAUCAUUGUAAAUGUAAUUGAGUUAAUAUAUAACUGAUAAUAAUAUAGUUGUACUUUAUUUUUAUUAAACUCCAUAAGUUGGAUUAACUUAUAGAGUUUUGAGUUAAUUGUAAGAAUAUCAUGGUAAGUAUAAAUUUUUAUCAUUUAAAAAUGCUUCUUAAAAGGUUAUUGAUCAAUUUUAAAUACCAAAUUAACCAGCAAUUACUAUAAUAUUUAGAGAUGUAAAAGAUAAAAAAGAAUUAGAAGAAGAAUUAAAACCUGAUUAAGUAAAAUAAGCAUUAUUUACAGGAAAACAUGGUUAUGAUGAAAUUAAAUCAUUUUUAGAUUCAGUAUAAUAAUAUUUAAUAUUUAGUUUGAUGAAUCAAAAAAGACAUCUAAUAAAAAAGUUUAAGAAAUAUAAAAUUAAGAAUAAUUAGAAGAAUAUUGUGAAAAAAAAUAAACAUUAUGUUAUAUUGCAUUAUUGAAUGGUGAACAUAAAUAAGUGAAACAUGAUGAUAUUUUAACAAAAUGGGAAUAUUAAUUAGAAGUAUUAGAUAAAAUUAAAAAUACUCAUGGAUCAAAAUAAGCAUCUUUUGUUUUUAUUGAUGCUUCUUGUCAUGAUGAAUUAUUAUUAAAAUUUGAUAUUUCAGAUGAUGCAUUACCUAAUUUUGUUGCUUAUUCUAGUAAUAAAAAGAUGUAAUAAUUAUUAUUAUUUUAGUUAUUCUAAAUUAAUUGGUAGAUUCGACUAUGAUUCUAUUAGUAAAUUUAUUGAUAAAUAAUAUAAGGGAUAAUCUAGUAAUAUAAAUAUAAACUCUAUUUAAAUUAUAGAAAAGAAUUGUGAAGAGAUAUUUUAAAAAAGAAAAGAAGCAAGUUAAUAAUCUGGAUUAUCAGAUUUUGAUGAAGAAAUAUUGAAAGAGAUUUUAGAAGAAGAAAGAUUAAAAAAGAAAGAAUUAGAAAAAGAAUUGAAAAAAGGAAAGAAAAAAAAUAAAAAAUCUAAAGAUGAUUUAUGA